AUGGCGACGACGACGCCAUCGCCAACUUCUUUACCAACAUUAUCCUCCACAAAUUCGUCCUUCUCCUUUCUACCCAUAUCUCCUUAUCUCCGCCAUAUACGCCGGAAACUUCCCUUAACCUCCUACUCCGUCCGCUUUCGGCCGCCGCGCUGGAAACAGCCGCGUGCGCCGGAGUUCGACAGGCCUGGCUCAGAGCCCACUCCGUCCGCCUCCCUCCGCCGAGACUCCGAUUUCGAGCCCGUGUUGGAUUCCACAUAUCGAGAAGGGUAUGUAACUACGAACACUGUGGAUAUCGAUAUUGCUUCAUCUGAUAAAGCUUCCACGAGCGAUGAGAAAUAUUUAAGCAACUCACUGAAAUUGUUUGGAGUUGACUUAACCGCUGAUAAUAUUGCGGUUGCUAUGGUAUAUUUUGUGCAAGGUGUUUUAGGUCUCUCCAGGCUUGCAGUCAAUUUCUACCUGAAAGAUGACCUGCAUUUGGACCCUGCAGAGACAGCUGUCAUAUCUGGUGUUUCAUCUCUUCCUUGGCUCGUCAAGCCCCUGUAUGGAUUUAUCAGCGACUCCUUCCCACUGUUUGGCUACCGAAGAAGUUCGUAUUUGGUUAUAUCGGGACUUCUAGGAGCUCUCUCAUGGAGUUUGAUGGCUACCUUUGUUGAUAGCAAGUAUGGUGUUAUGUUCUGCAUACUUCUUGGAUCCCUUUCUGUAGCAUUUUCAGAUGUUGUUGUGGACUCUAUGGUUGUAGAGAGGGCUCGUGGAGAAUCACAAAGCAUGUCCGGAUCACUCCAGUCUCUAUGCUGGGGUUCGUCGGCUUUUGGGGGCAUUAUAAGUUCCUACUUUAGUGGCUCCUUAGUGGGUGCUUAUGGUGUGAGGUUUGUAUUUGGAUUAACAGCUUUGCUGCCGCUGAUAACAUCUGGAGUUGCUGUGCUUGUGAAAGAGCAGCCAGUAUUUAGCCCGGCAAGUACACACAAUCUUUUCUCGGGCACUGCUGAAUUUUUCGGAAGCUCAAAAAAGAGCAUUACGCAAUUAUGGGAAGCCGUAAAGAAGCCUCAUGUAUUCCUCCCGACCUUAUUUAUUUUCUUAUGGCAAGCAACACCACAGUCCGACUCCGCCAUGUUUUAUUUCACCACGAACGAACUCGGUUUCACUCCCGAAUUUCUGGGACGCGUGAGUCUCAUCACUUCUGUUGCAUCAUUAGCCGGGGUUGGGCUUUACAAUGGCUUCUUAAAAACUGUCCCUUUGCGGAAGAUAUUUCUCGUGACUACCAUUAUCGGUUCAGCUCUAGGAAUGACCCAAGUUUUACUUGUCACUGGAUUGAACCGGCAGCUUGGCAUAAGUGACGAGUGGUUUGCGAUUGGCGACUCAUUGGUAAUAACAGUUCUUGGUCAGUUAUCAUUCAUGCCUGUCCUUGUAUUAGCUGCAAAAGUAUGCCCGGAGGGCAUGGAGGCUACUCUUUUCGCGACCCUCAUGUCCAUAUCAAAUGGUGGCAGUGUUCUUGGCGGUUUAAUCGGGGCAGGAUUGACUCAGCUGUUUGGCGUCACCAAGGACGAAUUCGGCAAUUUGAUUUCUCUGAUUGUUGUUUGCAAUCUCAGCUCAUUGUUGCCUUUGCCUUUGCUCGGCCUCCUACCACAGGAGAUAUCCGAUGUCGAUUAUCAAGAGAGUGGUGAUACUGAAAUGAAAUCGAGCUGA